CAAAGCAGGGGAAACACAAGCAUUUAUGCACCAGCACCAAACUCUCACUCUCUCUACUUGGACAAAUUCGUAUUCACUAAUUGCCAAAAUACGUACAUUCAUUCAUUCACACACUCUUCGUACUCUCCGCCACACUCUCUUCAUAAAUUUGCAGAUCCAUUUUCUUCUCUUCUCAACAACAACAAAAAAAUAAAAAUGGCUUCUUUCGCUGCUUCCCCUGUUUCAUUCUCCGCUGUUUCUUGCACAGUCAAGCCAAACCAGGUUUCGAAUUUGAGGAGGGCUUCGCUUUCAUUCAGUGGAAAGAGCUCUCCGUCUCGUAGAAUUCCGGCACUCCGUUUCCGAGUCGCUUGUUCGGCUAAACCGGAGACCGUAUGUAAAGUAGUUGAUAUUGUGAGAAAGCAACUUGCUCUCCCCGAUGACCGUGAUGUCAGCGGAGAGUCGACUUUUGCUACUCUUGGUGCCGAUUCUCUCGACACGGUUGAGAUUGUGAUGGGACUUGAAGAGGAAUUCGGAAUCUCGGUGGAGGAAGAAAGUGCACAGAGUAUCACAACCGUUCAAGAUGCUGCCGAUCUUAUCGAAAAGCUCUUGGAGAAGAAAUGAUCGAGUAAUUGAGCCCAAAAGAAAAUUAGGAGAGCUAUUUAUAGAAUUUGCUGGGAAAAUUUAUGCAGAAACGUAUCUUCUAUUGAAGUAGUCGUGCUAUCAAGGGUCUUUUCGUACUUUGUACUUCACCAAUAACGAACCAUCGUUAGUUUUUUUUUUUCGUUUUUCGGUUUGAAGGAACUCUAGCUUGUCUUGUUCUUAUUCCCUGUUUGGAUUCGUCGAUUUAUAUCUGGAGUGAUUUUAAGUUCUCUUAUUUGAGUUAUUGAUGGUUUUCGAAUGCAA